AUGACCACCUCAAGAAAUGCAACUCCUGCACAGAUAUUCCCUGGGAAGGGUAUCGGGUUCCUAACUCUUGGUGCCUCUCUUCAUAACACCUUAACUCGCCUCAAAGCCAACCCCCAUACGUACCCUUCUAUCGACUUGUCCUACUCUUCGUCCAACCCUAUCCACGCCCCGGUUCUUAUAACCCUCCCGGAGAAUGGCCUACGACUGCGGUUUGAUGGUCCAGACCAAAGACUUCGUUUGAUCGAAGUGUUGGAUUUUACCAAGAUUUCUCUUACGUACAAGUCUCAUGACGUUCUCAAAUCUACCAGGUCCACAGAUCAGUCACCGCAGCAGGGCCCCAGUUUUCGUCAUAUCUAUAAUCGCAUGUUUGGCCCAUCCUAUCCGGGGGAGUUCGUCCCUAGUUCAUCCGGCUCAUUGCACGGCACUUACGUUCUCUCCUAUCCCGGGGUUGCCUUUUCGUUUCCCUUGCUACAGUCUGCGUGGUCUGAACAAUGCGACUUUGUUUCCCUCAUGUCCUCGUCGGCCGCAUCUUCUGCUACGUCAAUGGCUGUCUUCCAAGGCUCGUCUUGGGUGGAUGGCCGUUCGAAUUUGUACACACGACAGCCCCAAUACCCUAGAUCAACCGCCCUCGCUGGGAAAAAUCGAGAGUCCGUGGCUGAUGAAAUAGAGGAAGUGAAGGUACAUGGCGCAGGUAGAGUUGAAUUUCUUCGCAGGGCAGGGCCGUCGUUUUAUAUUACACUAUCCGAGACGACUCCACAAGAUCUUGUAGCAGAGUUUGGUCCUCCAGAUGCGAUAUACCGAAAGAACGAUAGACGAAUAUCAAUCCAUGGGGCCCAGUCACUUGGUAACGCGAAUCUCCGACACACAAGCCCUUCCUUUCCUGGUUGCGCUGCUGACCCCACAGACAUAGACCCGUUGUCUGAAACCAGUGUGACAGAUGAAUCAGAUGGCGAGAAUUCCCCCACCUUCCAACGAGAUUGUGCUUCGCUAGCAACCGAGUGUUUCUAUAACUACUUCGAUCACGGAUUCGAUGCUUUUAUCUCCCGUCCAACUGUUUCUGGUCCACCUUUCCCAGCUUCAUCGCAUCUUGAGGCCUCAGCUAUUUCCUCAGGCCCGCAGCUAACCGUCACGAAGUUACUUUUACACGGGAAUGUGCCAGGGUCUUACCCAUUCAAUCGCCAUCGACGUAGCCGAUGGAGCUUGAACAUGACUUCCAGCAGGGAGCCUCUAACUUCAGAAACCCCAUAUGAUCAGAUAUCAAAUGAGUUGAAACGAAUCUGGAAGGGUUCUUACUCAAGCCCAUCUGAAGAAAUGGCUCUUCAAAGGGGAAUGGUCCUCAACCGUGGAUGGGGUGACAGCCCUGGAAGUAGCGUUGAGCUUCUUGGUGGUUGGGAAGACAACACAGCUAACAAACAUUUGACAGGCUCAGAAACUGACGGGGGUCAAACUCUGGGGAAUACUGAGUUGUUUGGUUUUCCUGGCUUAGUUUUUGAGGUUCUCAAGAACGGAGCCAUCAGUUGCUUAACGGUUUAUUAA